AUGUCCAACCUAACCUACGAGGCAAGAGCUCAAAAACAUACCAGCCCAGUGGCUGCCAAGCUGCUGAGGCUGAUGCACGAAAAGGAGACGAAUUUGUGUGCUUCAUUGGAUGUGAAAACGACCAAGGAACUGCUAGAGCUAGUGGAGAUCUUGGGACCUCACAUCUGUCUGCUUAAAACGCAUGUCGACAUCUUAGACGACUUCACGAUGGACGGAACCGUCAAGCCCUUGAAGGAUCUGGCACAGAAACACCAGUUCAUGAUCUUUGAGGACCGUAAGUUUGCGGAUAUCGGUAACACCGUGAAGCUACAAUACUCGUCGGGCGUUUACAAGAUCGCACAAUGGGCAGACAUCACCAACGCACACGGCGUAACCGGGCCCGGAAUCGUAGAGGGCUUGAAACAGGCUGCGCAGGAAACUACACAGGAGCCCAGAGGACUUUUAAUGCUUGCGGAACUCUCGAGUAAGGGCUCGCUGGCGCACGGCCGGUACACGGAAGAAACGGUCAAGAUCGCCAAAAGCGACAAGGACUUUGUGAUUGGGUUUAUUGCGCAGAACGACAUGGGCGGCCGCGACGAGGGGUUUGACUGGCUGAUCAUGACUCCCGGCGUGGGACUGGACGACAAGGGCGACGGUUUGGGCCAGCAGUACCGCACAGCAGACGAAGUGGUGUCCAAAGGUGCCGAUAUCAUCAUUGUGGGACGUGGGCUAUUUGCCAAGGGCAGAGACGCCAGUGUUCAGAGUGCAAGAUACCGUAAAGCCGGCUGGGACGCGUAUUUGAAGAGGUGCGAAGCCGGGAAAAGUGAUAUAUAA